UCUCCCCACACCAAAACAAAAACAACAAAAACAAAAACAAAAAUGAAUUCAGAAGUUCCAAAACCACAUGCAGUAUGUAUCCCUUACCCUCUACAAGGCCACCUUAAUCCAAUGCUACAACUCUCCAAAAUCCUCCACUCUAAAGGCUUCCACAUUACUUUCGUAAACACGGAAUACAAUCACAACCGUUUACUACAAUCCCGGGGGCCCGACUCCCUAAUAGACCGCCCAUCUUUCCAGUUCAAAACCAUACCCGACGGGCUACCCGUUGCUGACGUCACAGACUGUACACAGGAUGUCCCUUCUCUUUGCGCCUCCACUGAAAAGAACUGUCUUCAACCUUUUAAGGAGCUCAUAGCCCGACUUAACGGGUCGGGAGAUGGGCCCCCGGUGAGCUGUGUUGUUUCCGAUGCUGCAAUGUUUUUUACAGUUGAUGCUGCGAAUGAGUUUGGUGUUCCUGAAGUGUUGUUUUGGACUGCUAGUGCUUGUGGUCUUUUAGGGUAUGCUCAAUAUCAAAAGCUUAUUGAUUUGGGACUUUUUCCUUUCAAAGAUGAAAACUUCGCCACAAAUGGUGACAUUAACACAGUCUUAGAUUGGGUACCUACAAUGGAAAACAUCCAAAUGAAAGACAUGCCAAGUUUCAUUCGAACAACUGACCCUAACGACUUUAUGGUUAAUUACCUUCCACGAUUAAUCCACAAAUCCAAACAAGCCUCAGGAAUCAUCUUCAACUCCUACGAUGCAUUAGAAAACGACGUCGUUGAAGCACUUUCCGCCGAUUUAUUCCCUCCUCUUUACACAAUUGGCCCUUUACAACCCCUUCUAAACUCCAUGGAAGAUAACAUUCACGGAGAAAUCAAACAAAUUAGUACAAAUCUAUGGAAAGAGGAUAAACAUUGCAUAGAAUGGCUAAAUUCCUAUGAGGGGAAUUCUGUUGUUUAUGUCAAUUUUGGAAGUGUUACUGUUAUGACUAAUGAUCAAUUGAUAGAAUUUGCAUGGGGGCUUGCUAAUAGUAACCAAUCCUUUUUGUGGAUUACCCGACCCGAUUUAGUUAUCGGGGAUUCGGCGGUUCUGCCGCCGGAGUUUUUGGAAGAGACGAAAGAUAGGGGACUUAUUACUAGCUGGUGUAACCAAGAGGAAGUUUUGGGUCACCCUUCAAUUGGUGCGUUUUUGACUCAUUCUGGGUGGAACUCGACGAUUGAGAGUUUGAUCAACGGUGUGCCUGUUACGUGUUGGCCGUUCUUCGCCGAGCAACAGACGAAUUGUUGGUUUUGUUGUAAUAAGUGGGGGAUUGGUAUGGAGAUUGACGCGAAUGUGAAGAGGAGUGAAGUCGAGAGGCAAGUCAGAGAGUUGAUGGAAGGUGAGAAAGGGAAGGAAAUGAAGGAGAAGGCGAUGGAAUGGAAAAGGUUAGCUCAUGAAGCUAUUGUUGCUCCAAAUGGAUCAUCUUACAACAAUUUGGAUAAGGUUAUCCAAGUGCUAAUUGGAUCUUCACAAUAGAAAUUGAAAAUGAACUUUUAAUUUGUGUAUCAAAUUAUUUGACACUUGUUUUUAUUACUCUAAUAAAUACUAUUGUGUACUAUUUAUGGUG